UUUAACAAUAAUCUAUUGUUGAAAUUGCUAAGCGAAAAUGUUGCGAAGCGUAAGAAAAAUGUUUUUGCGAAAGUUGAGUGAUAAAGAAAAGAGGAAAAAGAGAGAGGAUAACGCUGUACCGGAUGGUCAGCCAGACAGAGAUUAUUACCCCAUUAAUAUUGACGAAAAUUUGCAUGGAGCCAAGUGUCUCCCCGUAAAAAAAGAGGAUUCACAGUUCCAUGGCAAGAAUCUAAAGAAAACAGGAACAUUUAUAGAAUUCUGUAGAAACGUAUUCUAUAAAUUCUGUUGUUGUCGCUGUAAUACAGCAGAGACUUCCGAUUCGCAGAAUUGUCAAUCGGAAGAUUCUCAGUUCGGAGUUGAUUCUUCAAAAAUGAAUAAAGACAUUAUUAAUGACUAUGAAUUUCAAGAAAUUGGAAAGGGGGCUUUUGGAACAGUUUAUUUGGCUCGCUCCAGAAACUCUGACCAAAAAGUGGCUUUGAAAACAGUCGAGAAGAAGCGCUUUUGUCUUGCACAGAGGCGCGAAUUGAAUAAAGAACGAAAAGCGUGGGCAACCGUAUCGAGCCAUCCCCACAUCGUCUCUUUAAUAUGUUUCUUCAAAACAAAUACCAGUUUCUGUUUCGUCUCCGACUUUGUGGACGGACAGGAUAUAACUCAUAGUUUAGAAAAUGACGGACCCUUCGAAGAAGCCCGAGUCAAAAUGAUCGGUGCUCAAGUGGCUUCGGCCAUAAUGUAUAUUCAUGAUCGAGGAAUCAUUCACAGAGACAUCGGGUCGAAUAACGUCAUGCUAGAUAAGUCGAAAGGAGCGCAACUGAUUGAUUUCGGUCUCUGCACAUAUGAACGAAAUCCGAAACAAUUUUACGGCACUUUCUUAUAUCUUUGUCCAGAAAUCCUCGAGGGAAAACCGUAUGACGCUUACUGCGAUUGGUGGGCAUUCGGAAUUCUCUUAUACCAAAUGUUAAUAGGAAAAACGCCGAUGGAGAUGCAUUUAGAAAAAGUCCCGAAUAUUGACAAUAUGUCCUAUAUGGAGAUAAUAAAAAGUAAGCGAUGAUAAUUUUUAGUUUGUUAACGGCAAAAAGAGAAAACGAGUGACUAAUGUAACAAUGUCUUUUCAGUCGCUCGAAACGUCCGGGUGCAGUAUUUUUUGCAUAUGUCGAUACAUGCAAUGGACGUAAUGGACGAUUUACUGGAAAAAGAUCCAGACAAACGUCUUCAAGAAUCGGACAUCAGAAGACACGUGUUCUUUCAUGAUGUCCCUUGGCCCUAAAUAAAAUGCCUAGUUAAUUAAUAAAUAUCUUCAAAAAGAAUUUUUUGAAAUAAUAAUUUUUUGUUUGAUUCUUAUAAUUAUAGUGGAUUUAAUUUAAUUGUAUCUUUAAAUGAUUUAAACCAAUCGUUCUGAAUAAA